GGCUGUUCAUGUGCUACGAGCAAGUGGUACUAUGCUCAGCAACCGAGUUGAUUUGAGCAUAGUCGACGCUCGUCUUCUACCACGUUUUGACCAAACUUGGCAAUUCUUUGCAUUAGGCACGGAACAAUCACACUAUGCAAUGUCUCAUGAACGGCUCAUGCCAAACACCUCACCCUGCUCGCAGUUAAAAGCAUGCCAAUGGCACAUGAUGGUUACACAGCCUGCCUCAAAGCCGCCGUUCAGUCUCCUCAGCCACGCUAGAGUAACAUUUUACAAGAAGAUCAUAUCGUUGAUCAGUCAUGGCACAAAUCCCCCACACCUAGCACAGCGUGGUGCCAACUGUCAGCAUGUGUCCGGCCCCGCCAUAUACUAA